AUGCAAAGACUGAUACAAGUGGGGCUUUGUCGAAUAUGGUGCAGAUCAUUCGGGACAAGCGCGUCUGUAUUCAUUUCCAAAUCCAAAUCCAUAUCUGAAUCUGAACCCCAGUCCAAGUUAAGGUCAAAGCCCAAGUCCAAGACAAAAACAAAGACAAAGGCCGCAAAGUCCUUGGAAAGUUGGGAUAGGGGUGGUCGUCAAGGCAGAAAUGCCCAGGGAUCUCCCGCCAGCUCAUCCUUCACUCCCGUGUUUGACUCCGUCAAGCGCCUCAUGGAUUCAAACCAAGGCUGCGUCACACUAGUUCAGAUUGGCAGUUUUUACGAGCUACAUUUCGACCAAGCCGAAACUUAUGCGCCGAAACUUGGACUUAAAGUUGCCUAUAAAAGGACAGCCGACUUUACCAUCCCCAUGGCAGGCUUUCCCGUGGCCCACAUCAAAAAAUACACCGAGAUGUUAAUCCAAGACCACGGGGUGUCCGUGGCGAUAGUUGACCAAUGCCACUCUCAGAGCCGGACCAUGGAAAACUUGAUUCACCGAAAAGUGUCGAGAAUCGUGUCACCGGGGACUUUGAUCGAUGAGAGCUUCAUGAACUACGGGAGAAACAACUACCUAACGGCAAUCUACUUUCCACCAAACAUGACCAAGUUUCCCGCGAAUCCUGACAUGAGUGUCGGGUUAUCUUGGAUCGACAUAUCCACGGGGGAGUCUUUUGUGCAAGGGACAACCUUGAGCAACUUGGCGGCGGAUUUAUCGAGAAUCAGUCCCAGCGAGAUCUUGAUCUCAAAGGAGUACUCGUUGACGAACCAGGAGCUUGCAGAGUGGUACCCUCCGUUGCAAAUUUUGAAUAGGUUUUUCAUCAGGUACCACAAGACAAUACACGGGGACCACAAGCUCCAGUUUAAGGGUAAUUUCCAAACGGUGAGAAAAGUUUUGGAAAGUUUGAGCAAAGAAUGCGCGGCGGCGUUGAAUCUCGCGUCGUCGUAUAUCAGCGUCAACUUGCCUGACGUGACGAUGCUUUUGGACUUGCCAUCGACUUUCCAAAGUCGAAAUAGCUUGCAAAUGGACGCGAGAACUAGAGAAGCAUUGGAGUUGACGGAAAGGUCAACGCUGGGGAGAAGUUCCUCAACGGGGACAUUGUUGUCUUCUAUACGAAGAACGCGUACUACUUCUGGUUCCAGACUUUUAUGUCAGUGGCUAGAAGCUCCUCUGACGAGCGUGCUGGAGAUUGAAUACAGGCAAAACUUUGUCAAAUGCUUUUCGCAAAAUAAGCAGUUGACCUUAAGCACCCGCCAGCAGUUGCAAAAAAGCACCGACAUUGUUCGUUUCUUGCAAAAGAUAUUGGUUGGAAGUGCCGAUGACAUCUACAAUUUGAAAAUGGUAGCGGUGGCAUUGACAGAUUUGCAGCUGUUCAGGUCGACUUUGCUAGAUGAGUAUGGGAAAGACCCGGAGGGUUUAGCUGUUUUCAAAGGGCUACUUGGUGAGUUUGCCGUGCCGGAACAGGUGGCAUGCACCAUCUCGAGUGCGAUUAUAGAUGAUUCACCGGCAAUUUUGGAUUCCAACGAAGAAGUGGAGGGUUCACAACUUGAAGCGGAGGAGAAUGAGGAGUUGAAUGAUGCUGACUAUUCAAACACCUUUAUCGACAAGUACCGCACAAAGGAAGAACAAGACAAGGCUCCCAGCUUUAGAAUCAGGAGUGAUUACCUCCCCAAAUUGAAAGAGCUCUAUGACGAGCUUCGAGAAUUGGAGGAGAAAGAAAACAAUAUCAAGACAAGUAUACUUGCUGAUUUGCUAAUUGAAGAUCCGAAAGCAACUGUGACGAAAAGAGAGCAGUGGGGACGCUGGUCCAACAUUUUACUCAUCAACGCCAAACCGGCCGCCACCGAUUCCGUUGCUGAAUUGCAAGCCGACAACGUGGUCUACAAGAAGGCCAAAGUCUUGGCGUGCCGACCCAAGGAAUGGGUCAACUUGCAGCAUGAGAUCAUGGACAUCCAGGGCUCGAUCAAAGCAUGCGAAAACAACAUUAUUGCCCAGUUAAAGGCCGCGGUAGCAGACAAGUCCUCCGAGAUUCGAGCAUUGGCAAAAGUGGUUGACUUUUUGGAUGUCACCUCCUCGUUCGCGGUUCUCGCCGAGGAGCACGGCUGGGUGUGUCCGAAAAUAGUCAGGACUCCCACCUUGGACAUAACUCAAGGCAGGCAUGUCGUGGUUGACUCGGGCCUCAAGGCAGCUGGACAAAUGUUUGUUCCCAACAGCGCGAAACUUAAUAAAAACAGCAAGAUGUGGGUCAUCUCGGGCCCCAACAUGGGUGGUAAGAGCACUUUUUUACGCCAGAAUGCCCUCAUGGUGAUACUCGCACAAAUUGGGUCGUUCGUGCCUGCGGAGAAGGCCACCAUCGGCAUUGUCGAUAAGAUAUUCACUAGGAUUGGCGCGUCGGAUGAUCUAUACAAUGACCUCAGCACAUUUAUGGUGGAGAUGAUUGAGACGAGCACCAUUUUGCUCAAUGCAACCAACAAGUCGUUGGCGAUUGUCGACGAAGUGGGCAGAGGCACCAGCGGCAAAGAAGGCUUGGCUAUCGCGUACGCAACCUUGAUCAGCUUGCUCCAGAUUUGCGAGUGCAGGACAUUUUUUGCGACCCAUUUUGCCAAGGAGUUGAAGCAGUUGCUUGAUCAAAAGGGGGUCAAUCAGGACAAGCUUCUGUUUUACAAGACGAGGGUAUUGAAUACUGAAAAGGAUAGCGGUCCGUUGAUUAUUGAUCGUACCUUACGAGAGGGGAUAAGCGAGCGGUCUCACGCUUUGGAAGUUGCUCGUCAAGCGGGAUUCCCGGAAUUUGCCUUGAAAGAGGCAGAGGCGGUCUUAGAAUCAACGUGA